CAGUAAUAUUAAUAAUAACAAUAAUAUAAUAUUUAUUGCUAUUGUCGAUUAAAAAUUUCGCAAUGGAAUUGAAAUUAUAUUAUUUUCGUUCAAAAACAUGAAAUGUUUCUACAUAUGAAACGCUAAGUCUUGCUGUGACUUUUUUCUAUCAACUUCUUAGUGUCGCAACACCUUUUGAUCGUUUUCUUUUCUUAUAAGUUUCUGACGUUUUUUCUUGGAUUGUGUGAGUGUGUGACCAUGUAUAUUAUUGUCAUCACACUUAUAAUUUUACUUACUUCGAAAUGACAAUAACGGAUAACUUUUUUACCAUUGAAACACUAAACCGUGUGUGACCCGACUGUAAAGUUUCCAAAAAUGUCAGCAGAUUCUCCAUGUAAAGCGUCCAAAAACCUGAUCGGCAAGAUAGUGCUGCCUGGCCCUGUUGUCGAUCGUUCAAUCAUUGACAGUGUUGCUGGGUUCAUUAACGAUGUCGUCCCUCAUGGAUAUUCCAACAUUUUAAAUGUAGACAGUAGAGAAAAAAUUCUAUGGACACAAUUUGAAACAUUAGAGGCUAAUGAAUUUCCUUCAAACUUUGAAAAUGAUGAAUCGCUUAUGUCUGGUGUAUCACCAAUACUUCUUAUUUUGGGUUAUGGAUUUGGCGUUCAAGUGUGGUAUAUUGGUGCCAACGGUGAAGCAUAUGAAGUUUUAUCUUGGUCACAAGGAGUCGUCAAGAUUUUAAAAUUUAUACCUUCACCUUUACCGGAAUUGAAAUUUCGACAAGACCCAUUUGCUCAUAAAAGGCCAUUAAUUGCACUCUGUGAUAAUUCAGGUGCAGGACCACAGUUUUGUUCUGUCAGUUUUAUAUCAUUAACUUGUGGAGAUGUGGUAAAAACAAUUAAAUUUAAAAAUACUGUAGUCGAUAUUGCUGUAAAUAGAUUUGCUAUAGCAGUAGUAUUUGUAGAACGUAUUGCUGUGUUUGAUGCCCUCACUGUGGAAGAUAUAACUACAAUUACUACAUGUUAUCCUAGUCCUGGAAUUAAAUUAAACCCAAUUGCAUUGGGAACAAGGUGGUUGGCAUAUGCUGAUCAAAAGUUGAUUUCUUGGAACCGAUCAACAGGAGGAUAUGAGGGAGAGAAUGGCCAUUCAUAUACAGCUACGGUUUUGCAUGCAGCAAAAUCAUUAAGUCAAAGUUUGAGAGAUUUAAGUGGCUCUGUAGCAAAUAGUAUUACGGGAGUGCAUAAUUCAAAUUCAAGUCAUAAUAUAUCGGUUGCAAAUGAUUCUAAUCAAAUGAAUCCAGGCAUAAUUACAAUAAUUGAUAUCAAAAAUAAAGUAUUGAAAGAAAAUACACCACAAGGUCCUGAUAUUAUUGCUCAUUUUUCAGCACACUGUGAGGCUAUUGUUGCUUUAAAUUUUGAUCAGUCUGGUCUUAUGUUAGUAACAGCUGAUAAAAAUGGUCAUAGAUUUAACGUAUUUAAAAUACAUCCUAGUAUAUUAGGUUCUUCAUUUGCAGCUGUUCAUCAUUUGUAUACAUUGCAUAGAGGUGACACUUAUCCUAUAUCAAAAUACGUAAUAUCACCUGUCAAGAAAUUUCCCGAAACAACCGUCAAACGUGUUAUCCAAAGCCGAGAAAUAAGAGCCAACCAGACUUCUAGCACCAUUCAUCGCUGUAAAAAACCUCGUGUCCAUCGUUUCUCCGAAAACUGCAGCAACCAUCAGUAUCGACGAUCGCAACAACAUUGUCGCAUGGAAACGUACCCCACGAAACAGUCUCCGUAUCAUCGGUCAAAUGGCAAUAAAUCACGAUACGAGAAGUGUUGUCGAUCCCAGAUGCUGAUACAUUGUUCAGGGAAUCAAGCGCUAAACCAGAUUGAUGAACAGGAUGAGGAUGUGGAGUUUGAAGAAGAAGUAGAGGGGGUAGAUGAGAAAGAAGAAGAGGUGGGGGAGGAGGAGGAGGAGGAGGUGAAAUUUGAGGACUUUGAUUACGAUGAUGAUGACGAUAACUUCAACGAUGAAGACUACAACGACGAAGACGAAGAAGAAGACGACAAUGAAGAUGAGUUUAAAGAUUUAGUGUUGGGACAAAAACGGAAACGGUUGGACGAUGUAGAUGACAAUUGUAGCAGCAUGGCGAUUGUCGAUGACGCCACUACGUGUUGGGGACCGCAACUACUAAUUGGCGAAAAAGAAAAUCGCGUCACGCGAUAUUCCGCAAAUGUCGUAUUGCUGGCUCAUGGCAACCGUUCACUGCAUGUGCUCACGAUCCAAAGAAACCAGGUGAUUUCUAUAGCCAGCAAUUCAUUCAAUCGUUUUAGGAAUCAUCGAUCAUCGUCUACUACUAUGAUAAGUUAUAAACUACCAGGUGGACAAUUUAUUUUGACAGAGGAUGAACCAAAAAAUUAUCAAAAUAAUGCCGGAAAUACAUGUACUUGUCCCGACGACCAACAAUGGUAUUCGGCAGCAAUCAAGCAUUUAAUUACACAGUUGACAGUAUGA